GUUACAUACGAAUGGUCAAUAUAUCCUUGGAUGCAUACACCGAUGUGUAGAUUAUUGAGGUUAUUGUGAUACCUUGUGGGGGAUGAAUUUAUAUUUUAAUGCUCAUUGGCACCGUUUUUUUGAUAUGCUCUCUUAAUCUUUGUCUCUUAUUCUUGGGUUGGGCUUGGGGAUGUAUAGUAUUAUACCUUGAUGAUUUAAACAUUCUGUUGCUUUCUUGCCUCUUCACCUUUUUUCUUUGUACAUUUACUUUUUUUUCAUUUUGUUUACACUUGUUCUUAUUUCUUUGUGUCUAUCGACUGUAUCCAACUUUUUGCUCUGUUUAUCCCUUUUUUCCCUUUCCUAUAUUACUGCUAUUCAUAUGGUUAUUCAUGUGGUUUUUCAUUUCGUUUAUUUAUUGUUACCUUAUAUCCUGUAUCCACUGCCAUUUUCCCAUAUUAUAGGAUAAAUUGCGCGUUCUGGAAAAUCACACCGGUGAACUGCAAUCUUUGGUGCAACAACUACAAGCACAAGCCAACACAGACAAAGCAACUAUCGACCAUCUCGAGCGCGAAACUGCCAAGCAUCAAGAUGGAAAUAACCAGUUGGUCCGUUUGGUGG